GCAACGGCGCACAGUUAUGACGCGUCACGCAGUAUACAUCCAUGAGUCUAGUAGUCUGCGACACGCUUGUUUCUCUAGUGCAGUGUUCAUUUCGCGAUAAAGUUUUCACAGCAAACGUAAUUUUUGUGCUCAGACAAAAUGUCUUGCCACGACGAGGACUGCACGACAGACCACGGACCAGCCGGUCAAUCCAAGCUGGAGAGCUUCCUGUUCAGCUGUGAGCUGUCCUCUAAAGUGCCUUUCUACACUUUCCAAGGAGAUGAAGAAGAGGACCUGGAGCAUUUCCUUGAACUCAGAACAAUUUGUCUGGGAGAGGGUGCAAAGGAGGAGAGUAAUGUGGUGGAGGUGACGGCCAUGAACCACCAAGGAAAGACUGUGUCAGUGCCCAUCGCCAACCUCCACAUCAGCUGCCUGCCCAUGGUGAGUCUGGGAGAGUUUGAGCUGAAAGCCCCAGUGACCAUUCGGCUGAAGGCUGGGACCGGACCAGUUACUGUCAGCGGGUUACACCUCAUAGCUUCAGAGGUUGAGGAGUCGGAUAACAUGUCUGAUGACGAGGAUGACGAUGAAGACGAGGAGGAAGAGAUUACCCCCAUUAAACCAGCAAAGAAGAAGAAGCAGUAGAUGGAGAAGACCCUGUUAGAUCUUUGGAAUCCCCCCCGCCCCCCCCCGAUAUGUUUUUUAUGAGAUACACUCUUUUUCUACCGGACAGACACUCUUCUUCCUCCACACAGCCACGUAAAUUCUCAGUGUGAUGGCAGCUGGAAGCAGGAAGUGACAUCAUGACGGGCUCUUCUCCCUCUCUAUCUAACCGCGUUAAAGACACUCACUUAUAGAACUGUUUGCUAUGAAAUGCUACAGUGAUUUAAGCUGUAUGUGAUAGUCAUGGAUUUACUGCACCAGUGGGGGGAAAUGUCACUUUUUCCCCACUCGUUAUGUUUAUAUAUACUGUUCUUGUAAAAGUAACAUCAUUGUUUGUAUUUACUGGCCAGACGGGAAUUGUUGUCCCAACUGAGUAGUGCAAUCAGAUGACUUGCAUAAAUUGCAGUGUAUAAAAAUAUUGUUUUCUAUGUGAAAUGUCAAUCAUAAAUGUGAAGAUUUUGUAGUAAAUUCAUCAAGAAAAAAAA